GCUUCAGCGCUGCGCCUUCAAGCGGCUGCUAACGAGCUGCUUUCCUGCGCGUUCACGUGCCAGGUCUGGGGAUGUCUGUGCCGUCUCCGCGCUCUCGGCGGCGGAGCGUAAACUGUUUUGUCUCCUCACAGGAAACGACUAAAAGGACAAAAAUGUCCAGCAGAAGGCUUUACUGAUUUUUCAGAAACCACUGGCCUGUGAAAAGACAAAGAGUCAGAAAAGCUCUCAGGCAGGAGAAAGCCCUGUAUGAUACGAUGAGCGCCCAUCUGUAAUUGAGCUUGGGCACUUUUCCCCCUCGACGAGUUGCCAUCUACAGGAGCUGUGGGAGCCAGAGUCACCAUGGAGACAGUGGUGAUUGUGGCAAUCGGGGUAUUGGCCACCAUAUUCCUGGCCUCCUUCGUUGCCCUGGUGGUGGUGUGCAGACACCGCUACUGCCACCCGCACGACUUGCUACACCACUUCGACUCAAAACCCACAGUGGAUCUGAUUGGAGCCAUGGAGACCCAGAGCGAACCUUCUGAGCUGGAGCUGGAUGAUGUAGUCAUCACUAACCCUCACAUUGAAGCAAUCUUAGAGAAUGAGGACUGGAUAGAGGAUGCCUCUGGUUUGGUGUCUCACUGUAUCUCUAUCCUGAAGAUCUGCCACACUUUGACUGAAAAGCUGGUUGCGAUGACGAUGGGCUCAGGGGCAAAAGUUAAAGCCCCAGCCAGCCUGAGUGAUAUUAUCACUGUGGCUAAGCGGAUCAGCCCAAGGGUGGAUGACGUAGUCAGAUCUAUGUACCCUCCUCUGGAUCCAAUCCUCUUGGAUGCCAGGGCCACCGCUCUCCUCCUUUCUGUCAGCCAUCUGGUCCUGGUCACCCGCAACGCCUGUCACAUGUCCGGCAGUUUAGACUGGAUCGACCAGUCACUCCAUGCAGCGGAAGAUCACAUGGUAGUUUUGCGUGAAGCAGCACUAGCUUCUGAACCAGAACGAUGCAUACCUGGAGCUGAUGCUCAGAGAGAACAGGCCAUCUAAAGCAAACCACCUGGUUCGUCUGAAGGGUCAAAAAGGCACACUACCCAAACUCAUUAUUCAUUCCAGAUAAAAAGUUGUGAUCAUAGAUGCAAGGACCAUGAAAUAUUUUUAAAGUAACUUUACUACACCUGCAUAGUGAUAUUUUCAAAGUAGAUCUCUCAGGCUGACACACAGACAUUUUUAUGUAACCCUACAGCAGAUAUUUUUACAGCAGAAUGUCUUUGGAAAUGUCUUCGAGUGUGCCAUCACUGAGCGGUGGGCCUAAAUCCAGCCUAACCAGGCCUGCAUAGUCACAUGGUGGCUUAGUCAGCUAAUCCAUUUUGAGGAAAAUAAUACCCAUUAGCCAGUGAACCCAAACUGGGUGAAUUGAAGACUAACCCGAGAUGGUUCCAAUUUUGGAGGUCAGCUAGUCGUGGAUGUUGUUUUUUUUUUUUUUUGUUGUUGUUGUUUUUUUUUUUAAAUCCCUCAGAUACUCUUAUGCUGUUAAAAAUCACCCAACUGUGAAUUUUCUAAGAUCAGCAGCAAAGGAUUUAGAUAUUAUUAUCACAGAAA